CAAAGAUCCAGUCGUCGGGGUGUUGACGUCCAGCCUGGAUCGGUUUAAGUCCCGUUGACAGCCUGGAUCAAUUUCAGUUCCAUCUGGAUCCCGUCGAGUCGCAGGCCCGUCUGUUGAAAUCCCCGCCGUCUCCAUUGAAUUUCCGUCGCCAUCGGGUAAGCCUUCUGGUUGCUGGCUGCAUCUGAUCUCCUGAUUCUCCUAUGGACGCUGCUGGAAGGAUCCGAACAGUAUAAAAGGCUCUUCCAGUCUUCCCCUUGAAUCAGGUAGCCUUACAGUUGCUCCUUCUACAAAAUCAGUGAGCUCUUAUUGUAAUAGGCCUUGAUUCAGAAAGACAAUUCUGUGUUUGUAUUUAAAUAUAAAUGGGAUCUUUUCCUGGGCAUGUAUUGCCAGGAACACUGUUUCUUGUGGUUGGGGUAUGGCAUGUGUGGUGCGCAAUAGUGAGAUAUGUCUCCAACCCCAAAUCUUUCCGAGUAAGGGCUUGGAAUCCCGUUAUGGGUAUCAACGGAAAGCUGAAGUACUUGGAGCUUUAUGUCAUAGCAAUUGGAGGUUUAAUCGAUUUUUGCAUAGAAUUGUUUUAUUCAACCCACCUCAAGCUCUUCGUUAAUGGAGUUUUGAAUCCCUCCCAUAUGAAUAACUUUGAGCAUGCUGGCAUGCUUCUCAUGUUCUUUGUGUUUGGGGUUAUAUCACUACUCUCUGAAACAAGCAGCAACAUCCUACCCUUGCCAGAUGGAGCUUUGUGUUUGAUUGCUUCCACGGCAUUCUGCGCCGAGUAUUUUCUGUUUUACUUUCACUCGACAACGCAUAAGGGUCUCGAGGGUUAUUACCAUCUCAUACUUGUCCUACUUAUAGGUCUCUGCAUAGUGACCACCAUUGCUGGGGCUGUCUUGCCGACCAGCUUCCCUGUUGAUCUGUGUAGCGGGAUCGCGAUCACACUUCAGGGCCUAUGGUUCUAUCAGACAGCAUUCACCCUUUAUGGUCCAAUGAUGCCUCAUGGAUGCACCCUCAAGGGGAAUGACGUCUCGUGUCUAUCGGUAGAUAGCCAAGUCCGGGGUGAGUUGCUAGCAAACUUCCAACUCUUCGGUUUGGUCCUUGGUGUCAUCUCUGUUGUUGCAGGCGCAUAUGCUUUUGCUGUUUCUAAAUUUGGUCAACAACCUGAAGUUAAUACAUACACAAGAUAAAUGGUAGAUAGAAGCAUAUAUUUGUUUGCUGUAAUUCCCAAACUGCAUGUUGGCUUCUUUGUCUUCAAUUUCAGUGUUUUUUAUCUGAUGAAGACUUGAUAGAAUGAUAGAUGUAGACAAGAAGUACGGACUUGUUCUCUCAUUCCUUCUUUUGGGAUAUUUCCUAUGAGAGGAGGCAUCCCAGUACUUUUCUUUGCUUUUGUGCAUAUGGAUUAGCUCUAGUGAGACAUUGGCUCUCCUGUCUUUUGCAAUGACCUUUUGGUGUCUUUACUUUCUUCACUCCCGUGUGUGGUGAC